AUGCCAUUUGCAUUUGAUCUAAUUGAUUCUGGCGGAUCAGCAGGACCAACAACUUCAUCAUCAUCCGUUGACGCUGACAAAUAUGGUUCAUCACCAACAUCUUCAUCGUCAUCAUCCGCUGGUAUUCCAACGUUUAGUUCAAAUAAUCAACGUCAUUCUCAUCCUUAUGAAAAUCCACCAUACUUUCCACCUCCAUUUAAUCCGGCAUUUGCACAGUUCGAUGUGCAAAUGGCAGCCGUGGCCGCUGCAUCAGUUGGUAGCGAUCCUUAUUCAUCACCGUUCAGUGGUCACAAUGGCUAUUCAUCGAAUAGUUAUGCUCAACAAAGUCAACAUCAUCAUCAUGCACAUAACCAUGCUCAUCAUCCGCGCACAGCAUCAUCGUCACUUGAUCCAUUAUCAAUGACAACAUCAUUUAAUCCGUAUGAUACACGUUCGUAUGAUCCCUAUAAUCAAUAUUCGUAUAGUCGUCAUUCGAUGCUUGAUGGGCAUGAAUUAUAUAGCAGAAAUAAUACAGUUGCCGGUGAUAAUGGAACUUCAAGUUUAAGAAUAUUGAAUGGUGAUGACAAUAUUAACGUGAUUGAACAGUAUAGAUCUUCAACAAGUCGCGACGGAAGACGAUCAGGUACACCAAGAGAAAAUGGUUCAUUCACAUCGUCAUCCGUAUCUUAUGGUGGAAGUGGUCAAUCAAUACCGUCGGAUUUAUUUUGUAGUGUACCAGGACGAUUAGCAUUAUUAAGUUCUACAUCAAAGUAUAAAGUAACUGUUGGAGAAGUACAACGGCGAUUAGCACCACCCGAAUGUUUGAAUGCAUCAUUACUUGGUGGCGUAUUACGAAGAGCAAAAUCAAAAAAUGGUGGACGAUUAUUACGUGAAAAAUUGGAAAAAAUUGGCGUUAGUCUGCCUGCUGGACGAAGAAAAACGGCACAAACAACAUUGCUUACAUCAUUGGUGGAAGGUGAAGCACAUCAAUUAGCAGUUGAUUUUCGAAGUGUUUGUGAGGCAGAUUUUCCCUCAAAAAUAAUUGGAGAAUAUGUUGCUCGACAUCAUAUUGAUCCAAAUGAGAUUGGAACAAGACGAAAUAUGAUUUUGGCUGCAAAACAAACAGCAAAAGAAUUCAUAGAUAUACUCAAACAAGAUCGUUCACCAGUCAAUAUUUUAUCAGCACAAUCACAAUUACGACAUCCUAAUUCUAUGUUAGAUUCAUCUGUUCAACGAGUACUAUCAACAUUUUCAUUAAUUACUCAUGGUUUUGGUUCACCAGCAUUAACAGCAUCAUUAGAUGUAUUUCAAAAUUAUUUAACGGAUCAACUUAAAUAUUAUGAUAAAAAUUUUCCCAUGUUAAUGAAUAAUAAUUCACCGGAUUUAUUAGCAACAACAACAUCGUCGUCUUCUUCAACAUCAUCAAAAUUAGAUAUCAAAGAAGACUUGUGA